AAGAUGAAUAUCCCAGAGAUCCAGUCAUACGAGGACCUUGCCAUCAGUACCGUGGUCUCAGUGAUCAAUAAAGCCCAGGAGAAGUUGGGAGUGAGGAAUAACUUAUUUGAAUAUGCCAAUACCUUUCAUAAGUUCGGCCAUCAGCUCCUCUCACUAUCCGACCUGGGUUUUCCCCUGGCUAUCACCAGCGAGAAGUUCAUCAAACACACUAUCGAGAAGAAGUGGAGACUCACUGACGCGCUGAUGUACAUCAUCAAGUACCAUGGCACUUCCGACGAUGAGUGCUCGCAAUAUUACUAUUAUGAGGUCAUCUUUAGCCAACCCACGGCCGCGCAUCCAGUUCCACAAACCACCACGUCUGUGUUCUUCAGGGUUGAAGAAAAAUAUGUGGAUCCUCCGAAGAUCAAAGGAGUUCCCACUAUGCACUUCCGCAUUGAAGGUCAGCAUACGGACCACGACGUUCGGUACACGAAGCUUACCCUGGACUGGAUUCUUGCAGUCAUGCAGAUGAAGCUCAAAUUUUUCCAAAGACUUGAAAAGCUUGAUAUUUUCUAACCGACUUACUACACCUGUCUAUGGGGCAUUGGGGUUGGAGGUAUCUGCAGUCUUAAAAGCACAUGGCCAUAGUGUAUUAUGACAAGUAUGGUAACUCCACAUAAAUAAAAGUAGCAGCGCGGUUUGUAUGUGUGCACGCCGAUUGCACGGACCAAUAAAUACAGUAGAAGUGCUUAGUUUACAUCGCACGUAUGCCAACUGUACGCGAAGUUUCAGAUACUUAAGCAAAGUCCUCCAUUUACGCUUUGCACGUUAUCGUUGUGUCAAUUAUUUCGUGCAAAACCCCGAAAAUCGUAGAAUGCCUUAAUUUGCUACUGUAAUAUUAUCUAUGGUAGUGUUUCAUAUCAUCGUUAAGUCUUAUUAAAUUUUAUUUAAUUUUAAUAAAUUUAAAAUUUUCUGUUUAUCGUAAAAAUAACGCUUCAAUAUGGUCGCUAACUAAGUAAACAUCUUGAAUUCGUCGUCGUUUAGCUAUUGACCGCUAGAUGGCAGCACAUUGUUUGAAAUGUUAGUAUGAAAUAAUAGUAUCGUAACUUGCAAUAUUGGGUAUAUUGAUUGAACUUUCAGCGAUAUGCCAACAAUGUAACGCUUAAAUUGUAAUAGGUAUUUAAAUAUGAAAUUGCCGAUUUAUCGUACUGGCCAAUUUGAAUUAAAAUUAAACCUGCAUUUUAUGAGAUUUCAGAGUCAAACUUUUUUCACACGAAAACUAUCGACUAAUACUGUAAAUAGAGUUACAAGAAGAGGAGAGAAUGUUGGUUAAUUUUUUCUGCAUUUAACGGAGCAAUAAACGUUUUUGACGUAACUCCACUUAUGCCAUUCUU